UCUCGCAGGUCUCUCUCAGGUCGUAUCGUAGGAGGUGUUUGGUGGUUCUUCACCCUGAUCAUCAUCUCCUCCUACACGGCUAAUCUGGCUGCGUUCCUCACCGUGGAGCGGAUGGUGUCUCCCAUAGAGAGUGCCGAGGAUUUGGCCAAGCAGACGGAGAUAGCAUACGGAACGCUGGACGCUGGAUCCACCAAAGAGUUCUUCAGGAGGUCGAAGAUCGCUGUGUAUGAGAAGAUGUGGGCGUACAUGAAGUCGGCGGAACCGAGCGUCUUCACGAAGACGACGGCUGAGGGCGUGGCGCGGGUCAGGAAGUCGAAGGGGAAGUACGCCUUCCUGCUGGAAUCCACCAUGAACGAGUACACGGAGCAGAGGAAGCCCUGCGAUACCAUGAAGGUCGGAGGGAACCUGGACUCCAAGGGAUAUGGAGUGGCCACGCCCAAAGGCUCGCAGCUAAGAAACGCAGUGAACCUGGCUGUGCUAAAGCUGAAUGAACAAGGCCUGUUGGACAAAUUGAAAAAUAAAUGGUGGUACGACAAAGGGGAGUGUGGCAGCGGGGGCGGGGACUCCAAGGACAAGAGCUCCCAGGCGCUUAGCCUGAGCAACGUGGCAGGGGUCUUCUACAUCCUGGUGGGCGGCCUGGGGCUGGCCAUGCUGGUGGCGCUGGUGGAGUUCUGCUAUAAGUCGCGGGCCGAGGCUAAGCGAAUGCAGGUGGAAGCGGCAGAACUGAAUUUUAGCCCUGCUCCCAGCCCGAGCGCGCAGAACUUAGCCACUUAUAGAGAGGGGUACAACGUGUACGGCUCUGAUGGCGUAAAGAUUUAGGGCUCACCUUCACCGAAGCCAUGAGAAACAAGGCCCGGCUGUCGAUCACGGGCAGCCUGGGGGAAAACGGGCGUGUCCUGACGCCAGACUGCCCUAAGGCCGUGCACUCUGGCCCCUCCCUCCGCCGCGGCCCCGCCCUCGCCGUGGUGUCCUCCUCCGAGCUCCCAUAGCAACCAAAAAACUCACCCUGUGCCUUACGCCACGCUAAUCCUGCUGACUACGCCAUGCUUCUGGCCGGCCCACCUGGACUACAAAAACUGACGAAAAACUACGAUUACACUGAUUCAGUUCUUCACACGGAGAAUCUGGGAUGUAAAGAAAAAAAAACAAUGACAAAAUGUGAAGUUGAACAGCAAAAUGGAUUUUAAGGACGCAGAGAAAAAGCAAAGUGAACACUAGAGGGCGUGAACUAUCAUCAGGAUUUCAGACGCCUUAAUAUGAUCAUCGCAGAAACAUCGCCCACGGAAGAAAAAGAAAAAGACCACAAAACUGUAAACUUGAAACUCUGGACUGUGUAAAUUUCCUGUACUUUCCACACACAUUGUUUGAAACGAGACGAGCACCACGCUUUUCUUUAACCUCUGACCUCCUCAGCUGUAGUCUCCGAGAAAUUAACGCAAAAAAAAAGUAGUUAGAAUAUUAGCUAUAGCGUUAGCUAGCCACCCUGAGUGACAUCGCUUAGUUGAUUUAAAACAGAGAAAAGACGAUGCAGUCACACACCACAGUAGUUGCUAAGCGAUAAGUUAAUUAACGUAAAUAUGUACAUUCUGGGGAAAACAUGAAGCAGCGGAAGAAACGACGUAAACUGCUUUUUAAACGGAUGUAAAUACCUGUAGACAAGCGCCACCUUUUUGUAAACCAUCUUAGGUGAUAAAUCAUCGCAAUAAUGAAUAUAGAACAACACAACUUGUAAUUACGAAAAAAUAUUUUAUAUGCGUACACAUAUAUAGAGUUAUAGAGGGAAAGGAACUAAAAGAGCGCCACCUAGUGUGAGACCACGGCAUAUGUUCUGCUGACCUGGCUUGUUUUUGAUAACUAAAGUGAACGACUGUGUACUCAUCCUCGUCCUCGACAGGGUCCACACACACACUCUCACUGUAGCACUAGGUCACCGGGCACAUGAACGAUCUGCAUAUCGAUUUCCUCACGUUAUUUGUGUGUUUUUUGUUUUAGUUUGGGACGUUUUGAUUUCAGGAUUGUGUUCUUUCUCUCUUUGUUACCCACCAGACGAGAAAUAAAAGAGGAGAAUUUGUACACA